GGCGUCUCUCCCAGUGCAAGAGUACUUGUUCAUGCCAUUCGACCAGGCCCACAAGCAAUAUGAGACAGCCAGACAUCUGCCACCUCCUCUCUACGUCCUCUUUGUCCAGGCCACUGCAUAUGGGCAGGCUUGUGAUAAAACGUUGUCUGUGGCAAUCGAAGGCAGUGUGGACGAAGCCAAGGCCCUGUUCAAGCCUCCUGAGGACUCCCAAGAUGACGAGAGUGACUCAGACGCUGAGGAGGAACAGACCACGAAACGCCGGCGACCCACACUGGGAGUUCAGCUGGAUGACAAGCGCAAGGAGAUGCUGAAGAGGCACCCACUGUCCGUCAUGCUUGCCCUGAAGUACAAAGAUGAGAGUGUGCUUCACCUGACCUUCUACUACCUCAUGAACCUCAACAUCAUGACAGUAAAAGCCAGAGUGACAACCGCCACGGAGCUCAUCACCCCCAUCAGUGCAGGUGACUUACUGUCUCCUGACUCAAUCCUGAGCUGUUUGUAUCCUGGGGAUCAUGGAAAGAAAACCCCAAAUCCAGCCAAUCAGUACCAGUUUGAUAAAGUUGGCAUCCUGACUUUGAGAGACUAUGUACUUGACCUGGGUCACCCCUAUCUGUGGGUUCAGAAGCUGGGUGGCCUCCACUUCCCCAAAGAGCAGCCUCAGUACACAGUAAUUGCGGACCACUCGUUGAGUGCCAGCCACAUGGAGACCACCAUGAAACUUCUGAAGACCAGGGUCCAGUCCCGCCUGGCCCUCCAUAAGCAGUUUGCAUCCCUGGAACAUGGCAUUGUGCCAGUUACCAGUGAUUGCCAGUACCUCUUCCCUGCAAAGGUGGUCUCUCGCCUGGUGAAGUGGGUGACAAUUGCCCAUGAGGAUUACUUGGAGUUGCAUUUCACCAAAGACAUUGUGGAGGCGGGACUUGCUGAGGACACCAGUCUCUACUACAUGGCCCUCAUCGAAAGGGGCACAGCCAAGCUCCAGGCCGCUGUGGUGCUGAAUCCUGGCUACUCCUCCAUCCCCCCUGUUUUCCAGCUCUGUCUGAACUGGAAGGGAGAGAAGACCAACAACAACGAUGACAACAUUAGGGCCAUGGAAAGUGAGGUCAACGUGUGCUGCAAGGAGCUGUGCGGUGCUCGGCCUGGCCACCAGCUCUUGACCAACCAGUUGCAGCGUCUGUGUGUGUUGCUGGACGUCUACCUGGAGACCGAGAGCCAUGACAACAGCGUGGAGGGGCCCAAGGAGUUUCCCCAGGAGAAGAUGUGUCUGCGGCUUUUCAGGGGCCCCAGUAGGAUGAAGCCGUUUAAAUACAACCAUCCCCAAGGAUUCUUCAGCCAUCGCUGACCCCUGCUUGGUAGGCCAUGGUUCCCCCAUGCCCCACCCUGAUGCCUGAGCCUCUGCUGUGGUCCAGCCCACAUAUGACCCUCAAUAGUCUCGAAAGACA